AUGGGCCACCCAGAAGCCCAGAAAGCUGGUGUGGACACACCCAAAGAUGGAUCAGAGUGCAGAUCUAUAGACCUUAUAUCACCUCAAUACCCUUCCCAUACGGAUCAUCCGACUUCUUUGAAUGGACCUCAACUACCUGGAUACGCAACUCAGAGUGAGACCUCCAAGCCUCCUCGGAGGUUCUUGGCCCAACCAAUCGAAACCUUAUCGCGAAGCUCUAAGAACCAACAGCCUGCUUCUAGUGGAAUAGAACCUCAUGCUACUUUGUCAGGUGAAGCACCUUUGCACGGCCGUAAUGACCAUCGGCCAAGAAGAUUUGCUCCCGAGCCAACCGAAACCAUCAAAUCAAGCAAUAGAAGAUCUCAUACAGCUUCCGAAAUUACUGGGGAGAACCUCCCAUCACAACAUAAGACCAUGGCCCCGAGAAGGUUUAAACCUGAACUCAUAGAGACCGACACACGCUCAGUCCGAAAAAGAGAAAACAGUCAGUUUCUUCCACGACACAACACAUCGGGUCCAUUCGCCGACGCGAGCACCAGCCCGGGCACGACAUCUUGGUCAGAUACCGACCACCGUGCCGUUACCUAUUCACCACCCGAGUCUCGGUUCUCGUAUUCCAGUCUGCUGCGCCGACAAGAGGGUCGCAGGCACUCAUUUCGAGUUCCAGCCCUUCCAUCGAUUCCAUCCAAUAGCAGCGAAGAGUCUGAUAACUCCAGAUCUCACUCGGCGUGCACCUCACCCCUUGGGCCAUCGAAUAAAAUGGCUAGAGAUUUACACUCUAGCAAGUUACCCCGUGAAAGUUGCAGCGAGGAAUUCUCAGAGUUCUUGCUUUCACUCGCCGCCCGCUCCGCACAGAAGCAGUUGAGGGAGCAAGCACUAGCUGCCUUUCCUAACGAGCAGGUGUAUGAGCCCGUUGAUCAUUUCGCUAUAGAUGAAGACGACGGAGACUCAGAAGAGGAGGGUCCGGCUUCUCACAUGGAGCAUCAUCAUAUCAAGUCUCGUCGACAAUCCUCAGCGGAUCUGUCCUGGGAACUUGAAUACAUGCGACACCAUAAAGAGGAGGCUGAAAUGAGGCUUCGGGCAAUGAUGACAUCCAGAAAACGGGAGUCAUCUCAGAACCAGAAGAAAAAUGGCUAUAGUCCACCGAUGCUUGGCCAUGACAUUGUUCUACCACAAAGCUUGUCACCAGAGGGGACCAUCUGUGAGCAUUCUCACAUCGAUACUGCAUUUAGUGGCGGCCGGGGCCUUUGUAACAACUAUGAGGGGCUGUGGUGCGCGGCCCCUGAUCGACAGGGCGCAAAAGGCGCUGGUUUGUGGAUGGGGACUUGUUGCAAUGACGAGAAGCAAGGGCAGGAGGUUCCGGGUCUCUUUCCAGGGAUUGUAACCCCCAUGGCUCAGAUUGAUGAAGCUGGUGUCGGCGUGGGCCUCAGCCCAUCUCCUUCGCACAUUCACCUGGAUCGUCUGACGGCCUCGCCUGGGAAUUCUGGUCGGAAGCCCGCCAGUCCCAACAUCCAGAAAGCCAUUGACGCAGAAUUCCAUGAUGGAUUUGUCACCCAAAUUUUUAACUACCUCUCGUUAGGGUAUCCUUGUCUUGCCCGUUAUUACGACGACGAACUCAGCCGAAUCUCAGGCAUCACAGUUGAAGAGCUCCGUCAGGAUGACUUGCACGCUGAUGCCCGGGGGUAUGUUGCCCCUGACAAUAACGAUAUAAGCGGCGCGUGCACCCGAUGGAAAGCAUUGCGCUUGUAUAUUCAGGAAUGGGCCAGGCAAGAGCCUGGCAUGGUGGAAGAUGAAACCAACCUGGAAGGCUGGGGACUACCGGAAAGGAAAGGCAGUUGGGCCAUUUGA